AUGCAAAAGAACCUAAUUUCUUUUUUAGAUGUCAAAAAUGAUCUAAAUGACGUUAUUUUAUCUAAUUCUGAAGAUGGUAAAAUAUUGUUUCAAUCAUUAAUAGAUCCAAAGCUAACAGAACCACCACCACCACCACCCCCUACUGAUCCUCUUGGUCCACCAGAGCCUCCAAGUGACGUUCCAGAGGACCUAUCUAACAAACGUCCCAGACCUCCACCAAGCGAACGACCUAGACCACCAACUCCUCCACCAAGCAGACGUCCAAAACCACCAGGUCCUCCACCUACCAGACGUCCUAGACCACCAGGCCCUCCACCAAGCCGACGCCCUAGACCACCAGGCCCUCCACCAAGCAGACGUGCAAGACCGCCAGGCCCUCCACCAAGCAGACGUCCAAAACCACCAGGUCCUCCACCAAGCAGCCGUCCAAGACCACCAGGCCCUCCACCAAGCAGACGUCCAAGACCACCAGGCCCUCCACCAAGCAGACGUCCUAGACCACCAGGUCCUCCACCAAGCAGACGUCCAAGACCGCCUGGUCCUCCACCAAGCAGACGUCCAAGACCACCAGGCCCUCCACCAAGCAGACGUCCAAGACCACCAGGUCCUCCACCAAGCAGACGUCCAAGACCACCAGGCCCUCCACCAAGCAGACGUCCAAGACCACCAGGCCCUCCACCAAGCAGACGUCCAAGACCACCAAGUCCUCCACCAAGCAGACGUCCAAGACCGCCAGGCCCUCCACCAAGCAGACGUCCAAAACCACCAGGUCCUCCACCAAGCAGACGUCCAAGACCACCAGGCCCUCCACCAAGCAGACGUCCAAGACCACCAGGCCCUCCACCAAGCAGACGUCCAAGGCCACCAGGUCCUCCACCAAGCAGACCUCCAAGACCACCAGGCCCUCCACCAAGCAGACGUCCAAUACCACCAGGCCCUCCACCAAGCAGACGUCCUAGACCACCAGGUCCUCCACCAAGCAGACGACCAUGAUAACCCGAGAAGUCAACUUCUUAGUUCCUAAAUUGAAAACAAUUAAAACUUAACUUACGUAAUACUAA